AACUUGCAUAUUCCCCGGGGGCCUUGGCUUCUGCUGAGACUGCAAAAUGGGAACGAGGGUGGGGGGAAGGGAGUGCAUGGAACAUCUUUGGUGGGGGCCCCGCUGUAGGAAGAUGCGGGACCUGGAAAUGAGGGGCUGAAUAGAGGGCUGCCCUGAAUUGAGUUGGAGCUGGGAGAAGAGUCGGUGAUAAUGACUGGGCUGGAGCAUGCUGGGGUUCUGGGGGCCUCAGCUCCCCGUACUGGGAGUCGUGUUGCUACUGCCUUUGCUGCCUCUCUUGCUGCCCGUGGCUCCCACGUCCCCGAAAGUUCCCUACAAACCUAUCAUCAUAGUGCAUGGACUCUUUGAUAGCUCUUCCACCUUUAGGCACCUGCUGCAAUACAUCAACCAGACACAUCCGGGGACACUGGUGACAGUAUUGGAUCUUUUUGAUGGGGGUGAGAGUCUUCGGCCACUGUGGGAACAGGUACAAGGAUUCCGGGAAGCUGUGACCCCUAUCAUGAAGCAGUCCCCCCAUGGAGUACAUCUCCUCUGCUAUUCCCAGGGGGGCCUUAUCUGCCGGGCACUCCUCUCUGUCAUGGAUGAGCACAAUGUGGAUACUUUCAUCUCCCUCUCAUCUCCACAGAUGGGGCAGUAUGGAGAUACAGACUACCUGAAAUGGUUGUUCCCUACCUCCAUGAGGUCUAACUUGUAUCGAGUCUGCUAUAGCCCCUGGGGCCAGGAAUUCUCCAUCUGUAACUACUGGCACGAUCCCCAUCACCCUGACUUGUACCUCAAUGCCAGCAGCUUCCUGGCCCUAAUUAAUGGGGAAAGAGACCAUCCAAAUGCCACUGUGUGGCGGAAGAACUUUCUCCGAGUGAAGCGUGUGAUUCUGAUCGGGGGGCCAGAUGAUGGUGUUAUUACUCCUUGGCAGUCCAGCUUUUUUGGCUUCUAUGACGCAAAUGAGACAGUAUUGGAGAUGGAAGAGCAGCAGGUUUAUCUACGGGAUUCCUUUGGGUUGAAGACUUUGUCUGCCCGAGGGGCCAUUGUGAGGUGCUCAACGCCUGGGAUCCCCCAUACUGCAUGGCACUCCAACCGCUCACUCUAUGAGGCCUGCAUUGAACCUUGGCUUUCCUGAGCCCCUCCUCAGGAAAUCAAGAACUCUAAGCCUGGGGAUGCCAGAACUGGAACUCUUACACCCAUCUCUUUGAGGAUCCAGUAAUGGAUCUUCUGUUAUCACCUGCUGCCCAACUUCUACCGAGCUGCCCUUUCCCCUAAAAGAGGGCUCCCAGAUCUGUCUUUUCCUGUAUCACUUAUAAACUAGAAACACCCCCACUCCCCCAGCUAUCUAACCCUCCUCCCUCUCUCAUCCCUAUAUCCUCUCAAUUCUGAGAGGGUAGUAAAAAAUUAGGAUUUUAAUCUCUUGGCUGCUGCUGUCCCCAUACUCUGGGGAUAUGGAGGGAGAACCCAGCCAUUUCCCCCACAGUGGGGGUUCCCUCCAAGUGACUCAGGACAUUUUAAAUUUAUGUUCCCCACAUGUUCCCUUUCUUCCCCCUCCUCCCCUGAGUCCCCAGGAGGACAACCUGGGGUGGGAAAUCUGGUGUCCCCCAGUGGGGUGAUCCCAGGGACAAAUCUGUUUUUGAACUGUCAGUAUUGGGGUAUCUAUGGCCAAUGAGGCCUGUCUCAGGUUUGGGGUGACCCCUACCCCCUGUCUUCAGUGUUGGGGUCUCCCCUAGAAGCAGUUUCUCUGAGGACCCCACCUUCUAAACUCUCCUUUUGUGUAGAGGGGAUGUUUUCCUUGUAUUUAUGGAAAUAAAAUUACAUUUGCUCAA